UCUCCAUCUUCUUCCCCAAAUUGACCACGAAAUUUUAAGCAUCCUACCCAACAAUGAUUGCUCAAUUUUGUCAUAGAUUACGAGAGCAUGUCGCAGCCUUGCCAAAGAUAGUAUAUACAAGGCAGUUAGGCACAGACAUUCUCAACUGCCAGUUGUGUCCAACCACCAUAAGCCACCAACUGAGCAACCGGCAAGCUAGCCGGGGCGGCAGCACGGCCUCCAUGGACGGAGCUCGCCGGAACGGCGCGUGGGAGAUCGAGCUGGCCCGGCCCGGGCCGGACACGGCGCGGUCGGACCGCUGCGCGAAGCUAUUCAUGAUGUGGGGGGCGGCCAUCGCGAUCCCCGCCCUGGUUUUCGUCUUCGCCGGCUACGUCUGGGGCUCCGUCGCCACGGCCGCGCUCCUGGUCGCCGGGUGCUGGUUCACGUGCUACUACUACAGGGCAGCGCCGCCGGAGCCGCAGCUGCUCCCGGAGCACCUUGGCCCGCUGCGCGUCGCCGUGCCGGUGGGGCAGCCGCGGGAGGUCAACGGCGCCGCCGGGCUCAGUCAGGAGGACGUCGAGGCCAUCCCGGCGUUCGAGUACCGCCGCAAGGCGGCGGGGCCGGCGGAGCAGUGCGCGGUGUGCAUCAACGUCGUCCGGGACGGGGAGACGGUGAGGAGGCUGCCGGCGUGCGGGCACACGUUCCACGCGCCGUGUGUCGACGGGUGGCUGCGCGCGCACGCCACGUGCCCGAUGUGCCGCGCCGACGUCAAGGUCGCCGCCGGCGAGCCACCAGCGGAGGCGGCGGUGUAGCAUUGGGACGGUGGGACAGCACUUGUCCGAAACUCAGAAUUGUGUAAUUGUGGGAUUGUAUCCGGGCGUUCGUGUUCGUUAUCUGUCUAUAUACAUAUAUAAGUGGGUUUUGGAUUCAAAUUUAAGAAUUUUGUUUAAAUUUCAAUAAGAAGCCAUAA